AUGGAGUAUCGCCAGGUCAGAAAAUUGAUAUAAUAAGGGUGGUGGUGGGCAAGAACGUGCUCUGUUAA